UGAUCUAAAUGUACAACUUAUAAGGUGAGAGCAAAAGAUAUUUUCAAGAUAUUUAUUUCUUUCUCUCUCUCUAUAUAUAUAAUUAAUAUAUAUAUAUCUUUCUUUUAUAUAUACACUAUGCCAAGAGACAGAAACCCACUAGUCGUUGGAGGUGUGAUAGGGGAUGUAUUGGAUCAAUUCGCAGCGUCCAUAACGCUUAGAAUUGUUUAUAAUAACAGAGAAGUGAAUAACGGUGGCGAUUUCAGGCCGUCACACAUUGUCAAUCAGCCUAGGGUUGAUAUCGGAGGGGACGAUUUCCGUACCUUCUAUACUUUGGUUAUGGUGGAUCCCGAUGCCCCGAGUCCUAGUGAUCCUAAUCUUAGAGAAUAUCUGCACUGGAUGGUUACGGAUAUUCCUGGAUCCACUGGGACAAACUUUGGGCAAGAGAUCGUGUGCUACGAGAGUCCACGGCCUUCGAUGGGGAUUCACCGUAUGAUCUUCAUCUUGUUCCGCCAGUUAGGGCGGGAGACGGUGUACGCCCCGGAGUGGCGCCAGAAUUUCAACACCAGGGACUUUGCAGAGACCUACAAUCUUGGAUCCCCUGUGGCGGCGGUCUACUUUAACUGCCAGAGGGAGAGCGGCACCGGUGGGAGAAGACAAGUGCAAUAAUGAACUUCAAAUAUUACUAAGUUGUUAUUAUUAUUAUUAUUAUUAUUAUUAUUAUUAUUAUUAUUAUUAUUAUUAUUAUUAUUAUUAUUA